AUGGGGUUCAAACCUUUUAUAUGCUUUACGGUCUUGUUCUACUAUGGAAUGGGUGAUGACCCGGUUUGCACAGUCGGACAAGUAAAGAAUACCUUAUCACAAUGGCUCCAAUGCAAAGAAGUCGCCGUAAAUGGUACAACGUCAGUUGCAUGGGUCAACCAAGGAUGUGUGCACCCGAUCCCCGCCGCUAAAACGUAUAUCCGUCUGGCUGAAUCGGAAACGUUCGAUGAGCUUGGUGACAAAGGCCCGCGAUUCCAUUUUCGGGCGCAAUGUCUAAAAUUUGGAAGCGUCUAUAAGAUGAAAUUUGUUAAAUGUCUAGUGGGGCUCAAUAAAGUACCACUCGAUCCAGGCGCCUCUACGACCCUGCAAGAAACUGAUGGUAAAAAGAAAGUCCGCCGAGCUUAUAAAUGCACCACGGCUAAGUUAAACCGUUUGACUAUCGAUGAAGUGACGAAGAACCUG